UCAUGCGCCAUCUGCGGCGCACCACCCUAUCCCGAAUGCCCUCAUGAAGGCGAGCGACUGUUACUGGCUUUUGAUCAGGCCAUGGCAAGGUGGGCCGGCCUGGAAGCAAUCAAGAAAUGGGUGCUAGAUAACGCUCGCAACCAAGUUAUCAACACUUUCGAGCAACUCCGUGCGGCGCGCUACCAUCAGCAUCUUCAGUACCUCCAAAUGCUGCCUUGCUACACCAUUUACAUGAAGUAUAACGGCGCGCCGCCCAUGCCACACCAUCAACUUCACGCUUUACAGUCCCAAAUCGCUCACGCCAACGUGGCGCUCAAAGCAGGAGUGGACGAAGACUGGCGGAACAGCUGCAUGCAGUAUCCGAGAAUCCUGGACUACUAUUUCCGUCUUGUCGUAAUCAGCUUCCCCGAUCCCAGAGAUCCUGCACUGCAGGAGCCGCGAUUC